AGGAUACUGUCUUGUAGUUUCUCCAAUGCAGGUGCGUGAAAAUAAAGCUCGCCAUGUUGUCGAUAGUAGAAAAGGUAUACUGUUGGAUGAAGGUGACAUAAUAUUCACUUUCUGUCCUCUCUCACCUAAGAAUGCCGUCAUCCGAAUACUUAGGUAUCCUCUCUCAUACCUGAGAAUGUCCUCUCUCAGCUAAGAAUGCAAAUACUUGAUAAGUCGCCGUCAUCCUUUGAGUCUUAAAUCUCUACUCAUUUUACCAAAAUACAACUAAUAUAGAUCAAGAAGAUGUCCUUUCGCGUUCGAGGUGUGGUCUCUGGCUUGCUCCGACGUUGCGAACCAGUACGCUGUGAAGAACGCAGAGAGGAUUGCUCCAGCCGGCGCCAUCUCGUAGGCUGUGGUGGUGGAUCUUCUUCAAGCUCAGGCUCUAGCACAUCGAAUACCAAUUGCUCUCCGUCUCAAAAGAAGAAAUGUGCUGGUAAGGGAGCCGGUCAAUGUGGUCGUGGAGGCAAGUCGUGCAGCUCUAGUCGAAGUCAACACCAGAAAGAACAGGGAAAGGAUUAUAUUCCUCUGCCCGACCCCCAUGAGUUUCGAGAUUUGGGUCGGUUUCCGGAUACCACAGAUGGCCACUACGCAUUCGGGAAGAAACUCGGAGACGAAAUGAAGACGCAAGUGCAAGCCUUCGUCUACAGUGAACCUUGGUAUCUGGAAGCUUGGUCAGCAGUCGAGACGGACCCUGACGUGGCAACGUAUUCCCGCUACCUGCGGAACUUCAACGAGGCGAGCUAUCCGAAAUACUUUUUUAUGAGAAUCAAGGUUUGAAGUUAACCAGAGCUAGUCUGAAGUUAGCCAUAGUCUGAAGUUAGCCAUAGCUAGCCUGAAGCUAACCAUAGCUAGCUUGAACCUAACCGUCGUUAGUUUGAAGCUAACCGUAGCUAGCCUGAAGUUAACCACAGUUAGUUUGAAGUUAACCAUAGCGAGGCUGACGCUGGCCAGCGCUAGUCUGAAGUUAACCAUAGCUAGCUUGAAGUUAACCAUAACUAGUCUGACGCUGGCCAGCGCUAGUUUGAAGCUAACCAUAGCUAGUUUGAAGCUAACCAUCGUUAGCCUGAAGUUAACCAUAGCUAGUUUGAAGUUAGCCACAGCUAUUUUGAAGUUAGCCAUAGCUAGUCUGAAGUUAGCCAUCGUUAGUUUGAAGUUAACCCUAGCUAGUUUGAAGUUAGCCAUACCCAUAGCUAUUUUGAAGCUAGCAGUUGCAGUAGCUAUUUUGAAGUUAGCCAUAGCUAGUUUGAAGUUGGCCGUAGUUUGAAGUAUGCCAACUAUCCCCCCUGAUCUCCCUCCCUCACCCUUAUUCAUAAGACCCGAAUUGCGAGGUCUAGCCGCGGGCGCAGACGUGCCUUUCGACCGAAUAUGGGUUGCGGUGGGACAGCAAGAAGUCUUAGGUAUGCAGUACACUGCGGCAGUCGGACGUCCGCGUGGUUGCAGUGAUAUUGUUACUCCGAAUACCGUCUGCCACAACGAAGAUGGGAGUGUGGAUCUUAUACGACAAGGGAAAUUCAUACGCUUCGGCUUUCUAGAGGCAGGGACGAACAGGAAGUCUUCGACGCGCGAUGCAAUUUAUGGACAAAUUGUUGGAUCAGAAGUACGAGCACCGAAUGGAUAGAGAACUUUUCUCACUACAAAGUGAAAUUUCGUACAAAAUUCAAAUUGCUGCUAAUUCCCAUGGGCGACUGGUUUCUGCUAUCCAGGCGCACUUCCAGGCUGGGGCCCCUGCUACAACUCCGCGGGUGUGGCUUACUCCAUCAACUUCCUCUUUCCGGAGAGUCCCACGUUAGCACCAGGUAUUGAAUUAAUCUGGAUCUUCUUCUAUGUACAGUAAAAAUACAAGUGAGUCUGUGAUUGUGAAAGAGCGAAAUAGAGCAUGUGGUCAUGAUGUGAACAUUCUUUUGCACAAUAUGCUUCUUCCUUUCCAGGUCUAGCAUCCCCCUUCGGCUCAGCAGUUGCGCUAGCAAGUAGGGACUACGCGUUUAGCGACUCUGUAUGGGAGCCACUUGAGAAAAGCACUAGAUUCCGAAGUGGCCUAGCAUUUGGGCAGAAUUUGAAUAUCGGACAGACGAGGCGUGGGGAUGUUAUGGUCAACAUUUAGUGUCUAUCUUUCUCAGGAGCAUCUGCCCUGUAUUAUUCGUAUGAAGUGGCACAAAAAUAGUUGUAAAGGGGUCCGGAUGACGAGGGGACCGAAGUGAAUGAAAGCUGACGCUAAUGAUAGACGCCCGCAAAGAGUGAUUACUGCCGAACAAGGUCCAGGGUCAUAUGCACAUGUAGUUGCCUUGGGGCGAGCGUCUGUGCGUUGUGACGUAGGCAUGAAGAAGGCUCCUGGGAAAUCGAAGAGCGUGAGGAGUGUCUCACUUACCCCACUCGAUCCGCCAGCAAAGACUUUCGAUCUUGUGACUACUUGCCGCGCGCAGGAAGGGCUGAAUUAUGUUGAGGUCGCGUAUAUUAAGUACUAGCACAUUCGUGAAAAAAGUUCGUACUAGGUAGCUGCAACUAUCUACAAAGUGUCAUUUUAGUUAGUCAGACAUUUUUCAACAAUUCGAGUCCCUACACCUGCCACGAGAUGAAAGAUCAUAAAACGAUCAAGUAAGUACUCUUUCGUUGCAAGAUCCUCUUCCUCAUCCAUUAAGUAAGUACUCUUUCGUUGCAAGAUCUAGAUCCUCAUCCUCAUCCAUUAAGUAAGUGCUCUUUCGUUGCACAUCCUCAUCCUCAUCCAUUAAGUAAGUACUCUUUCGUUGCACAUCCUCAUCCAUUGAUAAUGUCAAUAGUAUUGUCCCUUCUCCUUCUUGUGAACAUCCCUUGUUCAUGCUUCUUCGGCGCAGCCUUUUGUUUUUCACGGCAAUCGAUACAAUCGGAAUACUUCGAACAUGCCUGCAUCCUCGAACCCUGGCCCGUGUAAGCGAACGCAGCAAUUCGACCGUCUCUACAGGAGUUCCUUCGAAGAUAGUCCUGCGGAGAUUCUAAGGGUCAUGUCAGACGGCACAACAAGUUCCCAAAUGGGAACAAGCAGUUCUUCAACUUCGACUGAGUCAUCUGGAGAGACAGGAGAAGGAGAAGAACAAGACAAACACGGAGAAAAUUCAGACAAACAAUCAGAACAAGACAAGCAGAAGGACCAUUCAGACAAACAAUCAGACGAAGUACAAAAGACAUCGCCAUCGUCCUGGCCCAUUUUUCGCGCCCGUCCAGAUCAAAUAGUGUCGCUUUUCACAGUAAAGUACGACUUCAACACGGAUGGGCGCGUCGGUGUUGAAGCCUGGCGACAUUCAGGUGCAGCAUCACAGCCGUUGUCAGAACGGGCCCCGUCUUUUACUGAUACUGUCGUCACUUCGUAGUCAGUGUACACCCCGUCUUUUACUGAUACUGUCGUCACUUCGCAGUCAGGCAGGUAAUGCAGUUAAUGUUACUCAACUACGAAGCAAUCAGGAGGACGCGGAUAAAAGUUCUUGUAGAUGAUACGUAUGAUAAACGAGUUGUUUGUACUAAGUAGACACCGCUGUUACUACGUCGAUAAGAGUUGUUCACCUCAACCGAGCUGUGAAGGAGUGGUAGUCGUCGCAACAAAUGCGACAGCUUGCUGCUGCCAUUGCUAUGGAAUCAAUUAACUUCUAAUGCUAUC